CUACCCACUACUACUACUGUGUGUCCUAGCGUGCUCGUUUGUCUUUGCAAGGAAUUUUAUUGCAUUAACCACAAUUCAUCGUGCGCUAGUGCGUAAAAAUGGGCCAGUUCACUAGUAUAUGAGCGGAUGCAUUCGAUACGAUAGGUUUGUGUCCUCGGGAAUUAAAGUUACCUGUCAUUUAAUGUCCAUGAAGAGAAGCUUUACUACUGCAGGAGAACAUUGGCGUUUUUCAAAGAGACCCAGAAAGACAUUUCCGAGAGAGAAUACCUAGUAUCGUCAGGAUGAGGUGCAAAAGUUUAGAAGCCGGGGGAGGGAAAGCUAGUGCUGCUACUGCUGCUGCUUCCAUUGCUGACAGCGGUCCUGCCCAAAAUGAACAUAUAGGGGCGGAAACAUCCGCAAACUUCGCAGUUCUCCGUUCCCCUUUAACGUCACCAAUAGAUCCCAAGGAAUACAGAGAUAUUCGUUUGCCUAAUGGCCUAACAGCGCUGCUCGUUUCAUAUUGCAGUAGGGCAGGUGAUCCUCCACCAGAAAAUUUAUCAGGAUGUGUUGUAAAAGAGGAGGAGGAAGAAGAAGAUGAGGCAGAAGAGGGGGAGGAUGAGGAAGAGGAAGAGGAAGAUGAGGAUGACGGUGAAGAUGUUGAGGAGGAUGAGGAAGAGGAAGAGGAGGAUGACGGUGAAGAUGAUAAGGAGGAUGACGAAAGUGAAGACGAUGGUGUAGAUGAAGAACUGGAAGAGCCUCGGGGAGGAUUUACAAAAGAAGCUGGAAAUACAACCGAGUAUUUGGUAAGUAAUACUAUUGUCAUUUUUAAUUAUGUAACUUACUCAGUAAUUAUACAGUUAUAAGGUGCACAUAUAGCC